AGACUAGUUUUACAUAGUUUUCCACAUGAAGUAAGGAAAAUAUGCCUUCUACAGUUUUCCUCCUAAAGUCUUGUCAAGUUCUUCCCUGCGUGCAGUAGAAGCUUUGAGUCCAUUGCUUAGCAUUAAUUUUGAAAGAAUCAACUUCCCUGGGGCAAAGACAAUCAAUCCACUCAGGACGUGUUCUUUAGCAGCAGAAUGACAUGAUUGUGAACAGUUCAAAAAUACAUCAGCUGGAAAAGAGAGGACAGUGCAACUGUUUAACAGUCUGAUGUCCCUAAACUUGUGAAGAAAAAAAUAGAUUCUCCUUCUUGUCAUGGAUGUGGUGGGAGAAAAUGAGGCCCUGCAGCAGUUCUUUGAAGGGCAAGAUGUGCAUGGAGCCCUGGAGAAUGCUAUGGUGGAUACAAGUAUGUUGGAAGAAUUCCUUGGCAGUGACUUGGAAUUUGGAGCCUUGCAAAGCCAGUUACCAGAGUCCCCGCCAGAUUCAGGAUCAGAGCCAUAUUCUCCACCACAAUUGAAGGCUUUACAUUAUAAUGCUUUAGGGCCCACUGGACUGCGGCCGUCACUUUCCUUCUCUUCUGCGGGGGCACCCGAUACGUUUCCUUGUAGAUACCCUGACAGUUUCUCUGACAUGAGCACCAAUGGAUAUCCUGGCGGUGUUCCCCAAGACUGGUGUCUCAAGACAGAUAAUGCCGUGUCUCCCUGGAAUACUUCUAUAUCCUCCAGCUGUCUGGGUUUAAAUCAUUCCUACCUUCAACCAAGGGCCUCUCAUAGUUCUGGUAUUUCCCUGGCAUCAUCUAAAAAGAGAAGGCACUCACAAUUGUUAGAAGAUGCCACUGAUUCUCCACCAUGGACUAACAACUCUCAGCAGGUGACAGUAAAGGACUGUGGCACUGAAGAACAAGAGUAUGACAGCGAUGGACAGAAUGUAGCAGCUGUGGACAAAUGUUAUCAGGCUCUAACGUGGCAGCCGUAUCAAACUUCUCACUGGAGUGGCUUAUUUAACUAUAGUUACGAAAAACUCCCUGAUGUAGGAUACCACGUUGUCACAGACAAAGGAUUUAAUUUUUCAGCAACAGAUGAUGCUUUUGUAUGCCAGAAGAAGAACCAUUUCCAGAUCACAGUCCACAUUAGUGUUGUUGGGAAUCCAAAGUAUGUCAAAACCCAGCUGGGGUUGAAACCUAUUGAAAAGUUUUACUUGAAAACUUUUGGAAUUAAGGUGGACGCCCCAAAUCAGAUAAUCACCAUUGAACAGUCUCAGUCGGACCGAAGCAAAAAAUCUUUCAAUCCUGUUAAACUUGAUCUACCAGCAGACCAGGUAACCAAAGUGACACUGGGAAGGUUACAUUUCAGUGAAACAACAGCAAAUAACAUGAGAAAAAAGGGGAAACCUAAUCCUGACCAAAGAUACUUCAUGCUGGUGGUUGGACUAUAUGCUGUCAGUCAGGACCAGUCCUAUUUAUUGUCUGCACAUGUCUCUGAAAGGAUCAUUGUGAGGGCAUCUAACCCUGGGCAGUUUGAGAAUGACAGUGAUGUGUUGUGGCAGCGAGGACAUGUUCCAGAGACCGUAGUCUGUCAUGGUCGAGUAGGAAUUAAUACAGAUGCACCAGAUGAAGCACUGGUCGUCUGUGGAAAUGUGAAAGUGAUGGGGACAGUCAUGCAUCCAUCUGACAGUCGAGCAAAACAGAAUAUCCAGGAGGUUGACCCAACUGAGCAGCUGAGAAGAAUAGCGCAAAUGAGGUUGGUUGAGUAUGACUACAAGCCUGAAUUUGCAUCUGUAAUGGGAAUAAACAGUAUCCAUGAAACAGGAAUAAUAGCCCAGGAGGUGAAAGAACUUUUACCGACAGCUGUAAAAGAAGUUGGAGAUAUUACCUGUGAAAAUGGAGAAAAAGUAGAGAACUUCCUCAUGGUUGAUAAGGAUCAAAUUUUUAUGGAGAACGUUGGUGCAGUUAAGCAGCUUUGUAAGCUAACUAACAACCUUGAAAUCAGGAUAGAAGAAUUGGAAGUGUGGAAUAGAAAACUCGCCAAGCUGAAACGGAUAAGCAGUUUGAAGUCAACAGUCAGUGAAAAGGGCACAUUUAGCAAAUUUAGUCGAGCUGCUAGUCUUUUACCACCAAGAAAACCAGUCCCUAUACAACACAGUACGGUUUGUUUUUCUGAGAAAAAACAGUCAUGGUCAAACAGGAUUUUCCAGAUCACUGUAAUAGCUUUGAUUGCUGUUAUGGCACUAUGUGCCUUGACAAUAUCCACCCUUUACAUACUUAGCAUAGAAGAGCAAGACAUUAGUCAAAAUCCCAUUCACAGCAAUGCUACAAAUUCCAUUACGCAGCCUCCAUAUACCACCAUGGCAGCACUUAGUGACAGCACAGCUUCUCCAACCAUGACACCCAGCAUUACAAUCCCCGAAGUGAAUGUCUGUGACAUCUUGCCUUGUGACAAGACCUAUUGCUGUUCAAUUCAUCAAACCCACAGAAAAACUCCAAGGUACCAGACAAUGACGACAAAGGAGGAGAGAAACAAAAAUAAAGUGCUACACGAGAGGAGAUUGAUGGAAAAACCUGAUCUUGGAAUUGACUGGAUUGAUACAACAAUCAGUUCCAUGCAGAUUUUGGAAACGCAGCAAAAAAUUGACCGUCGCUAUUGUAGUAAAGGUCUACAAUGCAGGUCUGGAAAUUACAGCUAUGUUAUUCCUGUUAACAAAUACACACCCAUCAAUGUAAUACUCUCAUUGGAAAUCAACACUACGGAGCCAUUAAUCGUCUUUCAAUGCAAAGUCACUUUUGGAAAUAUGUGUUCCCAUCAGCCACGAAACCGAAACAGAAGGGAGGCUUUCCAGGAAACCACCCAGGGAUGUCAGCAUAUUUGGAUUCUCCCUGUAACUUGGUGGUAUGACAGCGCAUACCAUUUCCGCGUAGCUGCACCGGAUCUUGCAGACUGUUCAACAGAUCCAAAUUAUGCUGGGAUAUUUUUUACUGAUUACUACUUCUACUUUUAUCGACAGUGUAACUAAAAUAUUGCUGAUCAUUCUGUUUAUUGGGGGGAAAAAAGAUAAUACUUCUGGUACUGAAAAGACUAUUGUCUUAGUAAAAGUUUGCAAAUGAAAUGAGAUGUGCUGAAUGUUUACCAGUUUUUGUUUAACCAUUAACUUUUAGAGACGAGUGGGCAAAAAUAAAUUAUUUGACGGUAGUCCCGGCUCUGCAUGUCAAGUCUUUACUUGUAAAAGAACGUGAUUUCUGAAAAUCAAUGGAGAACUUGAUGUGUAGAUAUUAAAGGGUUCCACUGCUCUUAGCAACGCCAUAAAAUACAGUAGAUAGGGGGAAAAUAGUGGCAUUCUAAUAUACUUCAGACUGUUCAGAAGACUUUGACAUAAUAAAAAUAUCAAUUGCAGCUGAGACUUGUUUUUGUCCUACAAGCAUCUACCUUCCAUUAUUGUCUGUCUCCUUCUUUAUAGUAUAUAUGAUUUCUACCAAACAAAAACUUUGUUAUAGUGGAGGUUGUACAAGUACAAAAUCUCAUUGACGUAAUAGCGACAAGUUUAGGAAAUCUCAUUCCACAGUGCAUGUAAUUAUUUCUCUGCGUCAUGUGGGGCAACACACCCCUGCUAACAUCACACUCCGCAACAAAUGUGCAACUUUAACACCAGUGAUGUUGAUGCUAGAAUGAAGUGUAUGUUUCAGAUAUGAUCUUUCGUUUUG